AACCAAUAGGAACAAAAUCGUGAGCGCCAUCUUCUGGUUAGGUCGWUGUAUUACAACAACCUAGCCGCGAGCGGUCAGCUGACCAAACCCGGAAGUCGUAUGGUGCGAUGCUUUGUGAUCCACACCGUGUGCCCUGUCAGCGCUCUGUCUACCGGGGAGAGCCGGGUGCUUUACUCCCGGGUGUUCGGUCCAGACGAGGCCGUGCUGACCGAGAAGCAGCGGGAGCUCAGCCCGGAGGAGAGGAGGCUUCUUCAGAAGGAGAAGAUGUCUGUGUUGGCGAGGCAGGUGAGGAGUGCCGUCGCUCUGUCCCGGGAGGCUUCGGGGCGACUGRUGGUGGAGACGGUGGCUGGUGAGGAGGCUCUCGCCGUGCAGGAUGCAGAUAGUGGGGUGGUGCGUCUGAGAGCCGGAGACCCUUUUGCUUCAGAGAUGAGCGCCGUGUGGCUGGGGMUCCAGAGCCUGUGCUUCACGCUGGUCUGUGAGCCCCACGAGAACUUGCUGCUGGCUGAGGGAACCUUGAGGAACCUGACGCGACACUGCUUGGAGAACCUACACAUGCUGGGACAAGGCAGUGAGGUCCUGCUGAAAAGCAGCCGUAUCGACGUUCUGCUCAGCCGCCUGCUCCCUCACGGGCAGCUUCUCUUCCUUAACCAUCGCUUUGCCCAGAGCCUGGAGAAGGAGGUAGCAGCUUACGCAGCCAAAUGACUCCGGGUGGCUGCGGGAGCCGUUUCCAAGAGGUUAACCGUCACCCAGUCUGACUGCCAGUCCGAGAUCAAUACCUGCUAACUUCACCUGCUAGCUCCAAACAACUCACAGGCUGUUUGCUUACCUCUGGUGACAUUUGUGUGCCUGGAGCAGACGAGCAGGCCGCUUGCUGCAGCUGUUGGAGAUUGCCUGAUGUGUAAACACAGAGUGGGAUAUAUCUCCCUCAGCCACUCGCAGCUCACCGCUGGCUGUUUACUGCGUGGGAGGCUUCACUUCAAAUCGUGUUUGUCAAAUUGAAGAGUGGAAAGGAAAAGGUGGCAGAUUAAAGAGUGCAGCUGAAGAGGCCAGUUAAGACUCACUUGUCAGGAUCCAAGUGUGCCACUUAUCUAAUUUAGCAUACUUGAAAUGUCACAAUGUGGUCUUCAGGAGCCUCGUUUGACCUGGUUUUUGUGUUUUAUGUUUAGAGUUUUCUGAAAGUGCUCAAGAAUCAUGAAUCACACGACGUGUUUUUGCUUUAUUGUGKUUUCUAACAAAAUAAAACAAAACUGCUUUGGUGACUUUUUUAA